AAAGUCUAAAGAUCAAUUUUAUAAACUCUCUGAUAUCAUAAGUCUCCAAUAAAAUCUCCAAAUACAAGAUCAUGAUUUGUUUCUAAAAUUUCAUAUCCAAUUACAAUAUGGCUAGCUUUCUAACUCGUCACUUCCCGUGGUUUUCCGUCCUCGGUUUCACUUCCUGAAAUGGUGGACAAGGAAAAACUAUGAGAUAAACUCAAUUUGUACAUUGUUGGUAGUGUCAUGCCAUUAUACGACCCUUGUAUAGAGGGCACCAAUGUCUUCCUUGCCUUUGAUGUGCUUAUAGUUUUAGUCAUGAUGGCCUUACAAGACUAUGUCACAUGCCCCAUUGCUAAUGAAGGGUACCCCUCAAAAAAGGAUAGAUCUUAUCAAUGAAUGGAUUGAUGUGUUAUCGAGUCCAAAGGCAAGUUUUGUUUCUUGCACCUAUUCAGUUUACUACCUUGAUAUGUAUUGUCCAACAUUAGAUUACUUUGGUUGUAGAUGUUAGGUGAUGAAUCUUUUCAUGGCAUUUUGGACAAAGCUGACAUACUAAAGUAAUUUGCCUAUG